GUUGAAAAUUUAACUUGGUGUAACGAAGAAUUGAAGGAUGAAAGGAUCACACGCGUGUUGGAAAAAAUUGAGAAUUCCGAAAUUAACAAGUGCGGCUCGAUUGAAGGCUUUACUAGUGCCGAGAGUUGAUGGGAAAAGACGUGCUAUCAUGUUUAAUCGAAAAGUGUUUAUCAGAAUAAUCAGUGUGCUCCUUUGCAUCGCUUCUGUAGUGGCACUUCGUGUGACAGAUGACGAGAGCAGACGCGUAUUUCACUAUCUUCGAAAUUAUAGUAGAGAAUGGUCACUUUUGAACAAUGUAACGUGGGGUAGCGUAGGUGCAGCUCUGGCGACGGUAACGUGCGGUGGUUACGUGAUAAUCACAAUGGGUCUAUUAUGUGCUGCUGCCACCGGCGAACUUCAGGGAAAAAAAACGGAACUUUUUCUCCUUGGACUGGGAAUUAUUCUUUUUGGUGUCGUUGGAGCGCUUUCGCUGGCAUCAAUUGAAAGUGUUCCACCUGAUUUAGUAGAUAAUGCUGCUGUACUUGGUGCUUUAUGUCUCGUUACUGCGCUAGUAUUCAUAGCUGAUUUACUUAUGACUACGCCGGAACAGAGAGAGAAGAAGAAGACACAACACGAUGACCCAACUUACAAGGAUCCAGUUAAGCCUACAACAUUAUCGGUGGAGAACGAGACCAAAGUACCGAAGAAAGAUGGAAGUAUUCAGAGUCUACACGAGAAUGGACAGAGUGGCAGUGUUAAUGAAGGUUUUGAUAAACAAUUCAGUAAAAAUCGUCAGGAUGAGAGCCAAUCUCCGGAGACUGCACAUCGGCCGGCAACUUCUGAUGUCGAUGUGGCAUCUCAAUAUAUUCGUUACGAUGGAGAUAUUAAAUUCAUUGAUGCGGAAAGGCAAAUUAGAGAAGCUCGAAAUGACAGACAACAAUCUGAAAAUCUGAAUCGAUAUAGAGAUUCGGAUGGAGAAUUGAGAGAUUCUUAUCAGCAUGAAAUAAAUAAUGAGAGGCGUUUAUAUAAAGGUCAGGAACUCAUUAUGCGACCACCUGAUGAAAUUGAUACCCCGAAAUUUCCAAUUAUUGGUGAUAAGUACGAACCUGCAUUUCCAAAAAUUAUCAAUCCCAGUGUAAAAAUUAUGAAGAUUGAAAGAAACGUGGAUGACAACUUCAAUAAUAAACAUGGGAGAUACUCGGAUUCGAGUCAAUAUGACAACGUACCAACUCGUAUAGCUUCGGGAAUUCUGAAACAUCGAGAUCGCGCCUACAUCUCACGAGCUCUAGGUACAGACGGCCACAGAGAUGAGAUAGAAGCCCUGGAGGAAUGGGUUGGUGUCCUGAGAAAAUCUACAACUGGUACACAAACUGGAAAUGUUCCAUCUUCUCCAACAGAUCCAGGAUACGUUCGACACACUGCCAACAAUUGGCCUCGAGAAAUGAAAGCCAAAAUUUCAAGAUCGAGUCCAGAACGUGAAAGAAAUAACUAACCCUUACAUUUAAUUACCAAAACUAGAGGUAACACGAUUUACGUACAAUUUGACUAUUUUUUUUAUUGAGUAUUGAAAUUUACACUUAUUAACUUUUGAUACAUUGUAAAAAUAUAUAAUGCAUUUAUAUGCCUUAAAAUUCAAA